AUGGCUAGCUUAUUAGAUGGCAAGACAGUAGCUAUAACCGGUGGAGUGACAGGAAUUGGUCGUGCUAUUGCGAUUGAAAUGGCAAAAAAUGGAGCCAAUGUUGUUGUUAAUCAUCUACCAAGUCAAACAGAGCUUGUCAAAUCCUUAAGAGAGGAAAUUGGUGAAGAUAAAUUUUUAGGAGUAGUUGGAGAUAUAUCAAAACCAGAAAACUGUGAAAAUUUGAUUAUCAAAGCAGUUGAGAAAUUUCAUGAAGUCAGUGUUUUUGUUUCAAACGCUGGUAUAUGUGAAUUCAAGGAAUUUACGGAAAUUGAACCUGAAUUGUAUUACAAAACGAUUGACAUAAAUCUUAAUGGAGCCUUUUUCGCAAUCCAGGCAGCUGCUAAACAAAUGAAGAGGCAAGGAAAGGGAGGCAGUAUUAUUGGAAUCAGUAGUAUUUCAGCUUUAGUUGGAGGCGCAUACCAAGCACAUUAUACUCCAACGAAAGCGGGCAUAUUGUCUAUUAUUCAAUCUACUGCUUGUGCAUUAGGACCAUAUGGUAUAAGAUGUAAUGCUCUUUUACCUGGAACCAUCAAAACAGCAUUAAAUGAUGAAGAUCUAAGCAAUGAAGAAAAGAAGAAAUAUAUGGAAAAACGUAUCCCCUUGGCAAGACUAGGUCAACCUGAAGAUUUGGCAGGACCUGCAGUCUUCUUAGCAAGUGACCUUUCAAAGUAUGUUAAUGGGGCACAAUUAUUAGUUGAUGGGGGCUUAUUUGUAAAUCUACAAUAA